AUGCAUCCCUUCCUAUUGCUCUUCUGCUCUCUGAUAACCGCUAUCACGUGUUAUCAAUCUCAAAAUCAGCCGCGUCUUUCGCAGUACCGCAUCCCGCAUCUGAAUCUUCCAUUCACCGAUGAGCCAAGAUAUUACGCCCCGGUGGCCGCGCCGCAAAAACCAAAAACUAUUCCACUAUGCGAGUAUUGGAAAAUCUUGGGUGUCUAUCGUGAGGAGUGUCAAACCGAUGAAAUUUUGAUGGAUGACUAUGAGCAAAAUAAGCAAAAGGAAUCGUUUGAAAUAGGCCUCCCAGUAUGUCGUCUCAAAUUCCUAACUGCAUCGUGUGUCAAGUCAGCAAAGUGUCCAUCGGGAACGGUUUGCUUGGACUUUUCCACCCAACGCUGUUGUCACCCGAUGCCCGGUACCUGCCCAACGCCAACACAACUUGGCUACAAAUGCAUGGUCUACACUCCAAUCAGUUGGUGUACCACUGACCAAGACUGUAAGGGCAAGAAAUGCUGCCCGACCGGAUGUGAUUAUAAUGUUUGUGUAUAA